AUGUCGCGCCUAGAACAAAUACGUGCUGCGCAAUGGCUUGGUUGGCCCCCUCUGCAGAUGACAAGUGUUCGAUUUUGGUUGGUGCUUCGUCGUCCCUUCCAAAAGGAUACUGAUAUUUUGGAAGCAUUUCGAGUAACUCCUCAACCUGGAGUUCCUCCUAAAGAAGCAAGGGCUGCAGGUAAUGUAUUUGGGUUCAAAGCCCUGUGUGCUCAACGUCUGGAAGAUUUGCGAAUCCCUACUCCGUAUGUUAAAACUUUCCAAGGUUUGCCUCACGACAUCCAAGUUGAGAGAGAUAAAUUGAACAAGUAUAGUAGUCUCCGGUUGGGAUGUACUAUUAAACCUAAAUUGGGGUUAUCCCUAAAAAACUACAGUAUAACUGUUUAUGAAUAUCUUCGUGGUGGCCCUAAUUUUAAUAAAGAUGAUGAGAAUGUGAACUCUAACCAUUUAUGCGUUGGAGAGACCGUUUCUUAUUUUGUGCCGUUUAUGAAUAUUUUUAAAAGGAUACCAUUUUGA